AUGCUUGAGAGGCCUGGAAGGAGCCUCAUGCAGGGAUCAAGGCACUCGGUGACAGCACCAGGAGCCUUCCCCCUCUGCCUGCUGACCCUGCUGGUGCCACCCCUCAGUCUGGCGGCCCCUAUCUCCCCAGCUGAACCCAUCAGUCAAGCCUACAGCCUGGCCCUCUACAUGCAAAAAAACACAUCAACGCUUCUGCAGACUUAUCUCCAGCACCAGGGCAGCCCAUUUAGUGAUCCCGGCUUCUCAGCCCCGGAGCUCCAGCUCAGCAGCCUGCCCGCUGCCGCUGUCUCCUUCAAGACCUGGCAUAAUCUAGACGAUGCAGAACGGCUGAGCCGUGCCCAGGGGGCCUUCUUGGCCUUGACCCAGCACCUCCAGCUCGUGGGAGAUGACCAGAGCGACCUGAAUCCUGGCAGCCCGAUUCUGCUGGACCAGCUUGGGGCUGCAAGACUUAGAGCCCAAGGCCUACUGGGUAACAUGGGUGUCAUCAUGUCUGCCUUGGGACUGCCCAUCCCCCCAGAAAAGGACACUCUUGGGUUUGUCCCCUUUGGGGCCUCAGCCUUCGAGAGGAAAUGUCGAGGAUAUGUAGUGACCCGGGAAUAUGGCCAUUGGACAGACCGAGCUGUGAGGGACUUGGCUCUGCUCAAGGCCAAAUAUCCAGCAUAG